AUGCCAACACACAAGGAGAACAACCUCCCUCACAUCCACCGCUACAUAACAACCCACAACACCGACGGCGAAGCAGUAUUCGUGUCCCAUGCACAAGUACCCGAUUACAUGCCAUCGAAGCCAGCCGGCGAAGAUGGCGAGAUAGCGCUCCUCUACGCGACGACGAGCACCCCCACCAUCGUUGACGACGAAGCCGACAUCGCCAUGUACGACGAGUUCCUGCACCAGCCACCCGGCCUAACCACCGAAGGCGGGACUACUUUUCGUAUGGUGGAUAUUCGGCCUGGGAAGGUUACCCCGAUGCAUCGGACUGUGAGUCUGGAUUAUGGGAUUGUGGUGGAUGGCGAGGUAGAUUUGAUUCUUGAUUCGGGGGCGAGUCGGCUUAUGCAUCGGGGGGAUGUCUGUGUACAGAGGGGGACGGCACAUUCGUUUAAAAAUAAGAGUGCUACGGAGUGGUGUCGCAUGCUUUUCAUCUUCUUGCCGAUGCAAAUGCUUACUAUUAAAGGGAAGGCGAUGGAUAUGGAGGUUUAUGAUGACCCUUACGAGAAGGCGGAUGGCGAAGAAAAUAAAUAA